GACGCCGCUCCGCCUGCUCCAGUCUCCAGCUCCUCUCUGCCCUGUGACCAGUGCGAGCCGCCGCCUGAGCACCUACACGCCCGGGGACAACCGCGGAGCUCGUCCGGGGAGCGGAGGACACGUCGUGGGGGACAGAGAGGACACGGUCGCGGACGGAGAGCAGAGGACGCCCGGCUGUCUCUACCUCCAACCAGCGAGAAAUCUACUUUGAUGCGGCCGCUUAGCUAACAAGCUAACAGGAGAUGUUUUCACAAACUAGCCAGGUAGUUAGCCUGCUAGCUAGCUAGACCGCCGGCUAGAGAGAUUGGCUUCCCAGAUUUAGCUUAUAACUUCAAAUGCCACUUGUAUCCUGCGAUAGGUUCUGUUAAACCCUUCUGAUAGCGUUAGAGACUGGGUGUUGGAUGUUUGGGACUCCGGUGUCCUCUGUUUGCUAAUUCCCAGCAGGGACAAUAGUUCAUAGUCCAGGCAACAAGUCUGCUGCUUAACACCCUCAAGUUUGGGUUCAUUUUGUGGGUGUUGAUAGUUCCCUGUGUGGCCCCGGUUAGCUGGUCGGCCAUCCUCUGGGUUAAAAUCAUAGCCUGUUAAAGUAAAGGUAUCUGUUUACACAAAAGGAAAGUAGGUGGUCACUUUAGAUGCUCAGAUUGAAGAGGGUCGGGUGCACCGGAGAACCUGUUGUCAGUCGAUCGACACCACCACUGCCGAGGAGGAGACGAGGCGGAUGAACAUCACACAUCGCCCACAUGCGUUGGAUCAGCUCCCGGACUUGUGAAAGGCAUCUGAAGAAGCAGGAGGUGGGAGACGUGAGCGCACAGCCCUUGCAGCCCGGGGGAAGAUGGCGGAGCGUUCCCGCAAGAGGUGGUGAAAACAAAACUUGGGGACGACUUGGAUUUAUCGCCGGACAUCUUAUCUCAGAUCGUAGGACACAUGCAGGCCAAAAAACGGUACUUAAUUCUGUUCUCCGCCGGCUUGUGUCUGAUCCUGUUGUUCUGUUUCGGAGGGAUACAAGUCCCGCUGUCCCGGCGCGAUGACCGCAGCCUCGCCGGUUCUCCCCCCGGGGCUCGGUGGCGUCGCUUCCCGGGGUACCUGCAGCACUUCAGCUCCUGGGAGCAAGACUGGAGCGAUGGUCGCAAUGAGCACAUGUCUCCCCGGCAGAAGAGGGACGCCAACUCCGGCGUUUACUCUGGGAAACGCUGCAGAAUGGAGUCCUGCUUUGAUUUCUCCCUGUGUCAGAGGAACGGCUUCAAAGUUUAUGUGCACCCCCAGCAGAAAGGGGAAAAGAUGUCGGAGAGUUAUCAGAACAUUCUGUCCUCUAUUGAAGGGUCCAGGUUCUACACACCUGACCCGGGACAGGCAUGCCUGUUUGUCCUGAGUCUGGACACACUGGACCGGGACCAGCUUUCACCCCAGUACUUGCACAACCUGAGAGCCAAAAUCCAGAGCCUUCCACUGUGGAAUGGAGGCAAGAAUCACAUCAUCUUCAACUUGUACUCCGGCACCUGGCCCGACUACACGGAAGACCUCGGCUUUGACAUCGGCCUUGCCAUGUUGGCUAAGGCCAGCAUCAGCACAGAGAACUUUCGGCCUUACUUUGACGUUUCCAUUCCUCUUUUCUCCAAAGACCACCCCAGGACAGGAGGGCAAAGAGGCUACCUAAAACAUAAUGCCAUUCCCCCGUACAGGAAGUACGUGCUUGUUUUUAAGGGGAAGAGGUACCUAACUGGAAUAGGCUCAGACACUAGGAACGCUUUAUAUCAUGUUCAUAACUCCGAGGAUGUGGUCCUCCUCACCACAUGUAAGCAUGGGAAAGACUGGCAGAAGCACAAGGAUGCACGCUGUGAUAAAGACAACGCAGAAUACGACAAGUACGACUACAGAGAGAUGCUGUACAACUCCACGUUCUGCCUGGUACCUCGAGGACGGCGGCUGGGUUCCUUUCGCUUCUUAGAGGCUUUGCAGGCAGCAUGUGUGCCUGUGAUGCUAAGUAACGGCUGGGAACUUCCCUUCUCCGAGAUCAUCGACUGGAAUACUGCAGCUGUGAUGGGGGAUGAAAGGCUGCUAUUACAGAUCCCCUCUACAGUGCGCUCCAUCCACCAGGAUAAGAUCCUGUCCCUGAGACAGCAGACCCAGUUCCUAUGGGAGGCUUACUUCAACUCUUUGGAGAAGAUAGUGCUGACAACGCUGGAGAUCAUCCAGGACCGGGUCCUGCAGCAGACCUCCAGGAGCAACCUGAUGUGGAACAGCCUGCCUGGAGGCCUCUUCACCCUCCCGCAGUACUCUACACACCUGGGAGACUUCCCUUUCUAUUACGCCAAGCUGGGUAUCAAGCCGCACCCCAAGUUUACAGCGAUCAUCCAUGUGGUGACCCCACUGGUCUCCCAGUCUCAGCCAGUCAUGAAGCUGCUUGUGUCCGUGGCCAAAUCCCAGAACUGUGCUCAGGUGAUAGUUCUGUGGAAUUGUGAUAAACCUCUUCCGGCCAAGUACCGCUGGCCUGCCACCUCAGUCCCUGUCAUUGUCAUAGAAGGGGAAACCAAGGUGAUCAGCAGUCGUUUUCUGCCCUACGACACCAUCCCCACCGACGCUGUGCUCAGCCUGGAUGAGGACACGGUGCUCUCCACCACAGAGGUGGACUUUGCCUUCACAGUGUGGCAGAGUUUCCCUGACCGCAUCGUAGGUUACCCAGCCCGCAGCCACUUCUGGGACAGCAACAAGGAGCGGUGGGGCUACACCUCCAAAUGGACCAAUGACUACUCCAUGGUGUUGACUGGGGCCGCCAUCUAUCACAAAUACUACCACCACCUGUACACCACUUACCUUCCAGUCAGUCUGAAGUCCAUGGUCGACCAGAUGUCCAACUGCGAGGACAUUCUGAUGAAUUUUCUGGUGUCGUCCGUCUCUAAGCUACCACCCAUCAAGGUCACUCAGAAGAAACAGUACAAGGAGACCAUGAUGGGACAGAGCUCCCGGGCGUCUCGCUGGGCUGACCCGGACCACUUUGCCCAGCGUCAGACCUGCAUGAACAAGUUUGCCAACUGGUUUGGCACCAUGCCCCUGGUCCAUUCUCAAAUGAGGCUGGACCCAGUCCUGUUCAAAGACCAGGUGUCCAUACUGCGGAAGAAGUACAGGGAUAUCGAGAGGCUAUAACGCUCCGGAGCCCCCCCGCUCACCGGACACCAGAAAGAGAGAGCGAGGGGGCGGACCCAUGGAGACAUGCAAAGCAGUUCCAUGAUUCUCAUGGAAGGAUCAAUGGAGAUGCAAAUUGGACUGGGUAGAAGGGGGGGGAGGAAAAUAAACUCCAACACAAGAGGAGAACAGCACAUCCUUUUUGCUCCUCUGUUGUGUCUGUAAAGGUUCCUCCGUGUAUUCUCCUCUCCACCUUGUCUCUUUUGUGUAUUGGUGGACAGCUGAGCUCACUGGUCCAAGUAUAUUCACUAUGGCUACCAACAGCCGAAGGACACCUGAGGACUUCUAAUGUGUUUGACUAUGAACUGAAGUGGUCAAAUUCAUGGAGUUGUAAAUGACAACUUUGCAGCUUCUGUGUCCCAACGGUGGCAAACGACUGAAAACUCCAUCCCACUGAACCCGACUGUCUGUUCUGCUCUGUACACUAUGCACAGGUCCCUGAACGUUUUUGAUGAAUAUUAUUGAUGAUACUGACUAUGAAGAGGAUAACACUAUUUUGGAUUGUGUUUUACUAUUUUUUUUAUACAGUGAAUGAAUGGCCAGCACUACUCUCUGUAUUGUCUUAAUAAAAACCAAUAGCAAGAGGAAAAGGAGGAAUGAAAAACCCAUCAACCAUCAACGAUCUGAUAUUCAUAGUGCCUGGAGUUUAUCUAAUGGUGUUGAUAUGCGUCUGAGAGAAGAGCACGGUGCAGGACAAGCACCUUGACCUUGCUGCUUUCUGUUUUGUUUUUGAUUCAAUGGUUUGUGAUUUUCUUUACAAAUGUUGAAAUUAUGGAUCUUGUGGUAAAUUCUUCAGGUCAGCAGUCAUGUUUUUAUUUACUGGAGUGUAAUAAAUGUUUAUUUUUAUUCAAUUGAACAAACUAAAUUGUCAUUAUGUGCCAUUCUGAAAUCAAUUUUUCGUUUGUAAAGGCAGAACCUCAGUUAAGGGAGGCUGAGCUUUCGAGUUGAUUUUUUGAAACACUAACCACUCUAAAAUCCAGGGACUGGAUCGUGUUGGGCUUGUUCAGUAUGGGAUAUUUAUGUGACAUUAUUAUUAUUCCUCUCAUAGACCCAAUUUCAAGUACUUGACACAACCUUACACUGUUUUCAUGUAGGAGCAACAAACGGCAUUUUAGGUUUCAGACCAAGAGUAAACAUCUUUAUUUGACCCACUUGUUGAAAGCAAAUAUGGAGAUGGCGAAGAAUUCUAACAAACAUUUGAGAUACUGCACCUUUGGGGAGAUCAGCUUUAUUAAGUAAGUGUUAUCAUUUGUGGUGUUUCCUUAACAUAAAUACAUGGAAUUCCAAGCCUUUCAUGUGCUUAUGUGCAUGGCCAUUUUCAAAAACCAAAAUGUAAAACCUGUAUGUUAAGAAAUAUGUUCCAUAAACGUGAAUAAUUAAUUACAUCUUUUUACAUGUUAGCUUCUCACACAUCUCAAUCUCUGCAAAUCUUCAUUUAGGGUCAAGGGUCAGUGGCACAUGAAAUUGUUUUUUUGCAGAUGGAUCAAUAGGCUAAUUGGAUUAAACAAAUUAAAUGUGUUUAGUUUUAUUAAUACUCAUGCACAUUUUUCGGUCUUGGAUUUGUCAUAUCGGAUUAUCUGGAAAAUGUUAAUGUAAUUUGAUGAAGCUUAAAUGUGCACUUGUGUUUUCAAAGCAUUGUGCAAGUUAAAGUUCCUCUUUCCUUGAGGUGUGAAACCAGCAGCGUUUCUGUGUGAAAUCAAGAAAUCUAACCACACAUGCUCUGAAUCCUCCUUCAGCAGUGAAACAAUCAUUUUGGUGAGCUCCCCAAUCCGUCACAGACCCCCAAUAUGUGCCAUUGGAUCAUUUGUGGUUUUGUUUGUAUAAUUUGUUUUUCAUCUAAUAUGAGGACUGCCAUGCAUUCCCGUAUUUAUUAGGUUCAAUAAAGUAUUUUCAGUUUAAGAGAGUGUGUGAGGGAGUGAGAAGGAUGGAGUGUAUGUGUGAGCGACAGAGGAAUCAGCAGAGAUGGUGCUGCAAUGGUGUUUUUCACUCCUGAGAAUGUCCAGCUAGACAGCAAAUUAACAAUCCCAGUAUUCCAGCGCUAUCAAGACAACUGAAUAUUAUCGUAAUGAAAAUCACAUUUCAGAAAUGAACUUGGUGCAAUGUUUAAGGAGACAUUUUUUUCAUCUUUUCUUCUUUUCCCUUCCCUUGUGUUUCAGAGGGCAGGGGGUUACAUAUUGAUGUGCCUUCAGAAGAAAUAAACUCACGUGUUGUUUUUCCCGAUCUGCCUUGUGCAACAAACAGGUCCCCCAUUUCAUUACAGUUGUACAUAUUUUGUGUCUGUUUUCCUCAUGAAUAGCCAGUGACAUGCAGCAGCUCCCUAACUGGUGCUGUUUAACACUGGACCUGAUUCUGACAUUCCGGCCUUUUCUGUUUGGAACAUCUUUCAAGGUCUCUUUAGACUCGUACUGACACAUGCACUGCCUUGUAUUAGUAUACUUGCGAGGGCACAAUAGCCUCCUCUUCCUGGUUCUCACAAGUGUAGUAAUACAUGUAAUGCACCCACAGUAGAAUUCUCUCACAAACAAACACACACACACAGUAUUUAUCGGGCAGUGUUGUGUCUCAGCUGAAUUGCUGCCUGCUUCCUUUCAUUCUCCUCUGCAGAAAUAACUUCAUAGAGAUGGAACAUGGAAAGAUAGAGGGGGGGGAACAAAUCACAAUUUUGUAAAAGAAUUUUAUAAAACAAAAUACAACAAAUAAAAUGUUUGAUAUAAAUUGA